AUGUCUAACUAUCCUCCACCAUCCUCCUUUGCGGGUCAAAAUUAUACACCACCUCAGUGGCCCUCGAGCUCGACCCCUUCGACGUCCAUACCUUCCUCACUUCCUCAUCAUCAUUUCGUUUGUCCCCAGAACCAUCAUAUCAUUCCAGCGUCGCACGAUGGUGCUGCGCUUCCUGGUGACUACAAUCAAGGCAGCCAUAUGGCCAACGCACAUCUGCCGGGGCUGGGCGGUCCAAGCGCGUCUGGACAAUUACCCCCGCCACCAUUCGGCUUCAUGGCCCCAUUUACGCCUUCACAAUUUCCUCCUCCACCAUUUCCUCCUAUGCCGCUGCCACCAUUGCGAUACCCAUCCAUCCAAGCGCCUUCCGCCCCUGGCCUGGUGCAUCCGACUGGCUACCAUUUGAAUGAGCCACAAACCCGCCUUGCUCAAGAAGGUCCCACCCCAGCAGGCUCGCAGCUGGCUAGCACAACCAGCUCCAAUCCAAACCCCGACCGGGAAGAAGGCGAGCUCACCGAUGGAGAUGACCCGCCAUCACAAUCGAGACAAUCCGAACCGGCCCCAGUACCCUCAUCAGGAGAUUCGAAUGAUGUGCCAGAGCACUUAAAAGGGAACGGAAAAGUCAGGAGCAUGCGCGACCGUUUAUCAAAUUUCUCCGGUGCCGCACAUCCGAAGACUUCAGUUCCUUCCGUGCCUUUCUCAUCAUCCCAAGUCGCCGGAAAAGGAGGUUCGAAUGUAACAAGCACUGAGGGCUCGUUGGAAGAUCACUCGUCAUCUCGGAGCAGCGGAUCUCCUUAUAAUCCUGCCCUUACAAUGCCUGCUGAGUCCCCCCUCUCGAACUCUCCGGGCGAGACAACAACCAACGAUGCGACCGUCACUCACUUGGACCGAAUGUCAAACUGGAAGCCCGCAACUCAGCUACGCUUGCAAGCAAAAGGGGCGCUUUUGAGCUUGGCUCCUCACAAUAUCCGCUACAAUGAAUUGGUGGGAGAAGGCAUCGACCCUUGUGUUCUCCGUCAACUCUACGAAGAAGUUGGAAUCAAAAUUCCUACUCCGCAACCUGAUGUUGAUUCGACACCCCCUUCUAGUUCUAUUUCCAGCAAGGUUGGGAAUGAUGCAGAGCAUGAAUCAGCUCAAGAAAUGGGUGAUAGUAUGGUAUCUCAGAAUAAGGCCGCCGCGCAGCAAGACCUCGGGGAGGCCGUCACUCCUCCAACUGCGGCACCACAGGCUGUAACAGGAAAACCAAUGGAGCGGAAAGAAGUCAUUGCCCGAAUGCUUGCCGCGAAGAAGGCGAAGACCUCUACACCCGUGCCACUACAAACCGAAGCUGCAAAAGAGAUCGCGGCUGCCCCAGGUUCAGGCGUCCCUGAAGCUGGCGAGACAAUGACACUCCCAUCGCGCGAGGCUCCUGCGAAAGAGAAAGAAGCGCGUGUCAAAGAGAAGAAUAAGGCUCAAACUGAACUUGCCCGACAGAGAAUUGAACAGCUCAAGAAACAAGGGUUGAUGAGGUCACUGCAGAAACCGCAGUCUGACCCUACGCCAUCUGAGCCAAUCGAUCAAAACAGCAGCAGUAGUCAGGAGACUCCGCAACCCACAAACUUGCCUCCGAUUCAGCAUCCUUUGCCGGAGCGCCCACCGGACCCCGAACCUUCACCACAAUCCCGUAUACCAGGACUUUUUAUGACUGAGGAACAAGAGCCUGAUGCUACGGAAGAUAUGGAUGCCACGCCAGUCGAGCAUGCCAUGGAUACGGACACGCAACCCCGUGUCAAUCAACGCAAAAGGCCACGAGCUUCUGACUUUGAUGAGCCAAUUCCUAUGCCUAAGAAAUCAUACAGUAACGGUGCAAACUAUGCUGUCGCUGAACCUGCGAGGCUUGUCAUUGAUAUCAGUGACGACGAAUUUUACGGAGACGAUGAAAUUGACAGUAUGGAGGUCGAUUUUUUGGUAGGCAAUGUGUCGCAGGAUGGUGAGGCAAUUCUUCGAAGUACUCCAACAAUGGCUCUGGAUACAUUACCGCAGCGGCCAGCAACAUCCCUUAGCCAGGGAUUCUCUACGUCUGUGACACCUAAUGGACGGAACUACGAUCAAGAGCAUCAGGAACAUUUACGCCGAAAGGAUCUGGAAAUCAAAGCGAUGCACCGUCGGAUUGCUGAACUUGAGGAGCGGAAGAAGGCAAAGCUGGCAGCGAGCCGCACUCAAUCCCCUCGUGCCGUGGACGGGCCAGUUCCACCUGCCAAUCCAAUGACCGCUGAUGUCGCCACCCCGGACCAUGAGGUGCUCGAGCUUGCAGAGGCUUCAUCCCAACCCAUCGAUACCACAUCUCCUCUCCCGAAAGACCCUCAUCAGUUGGAAAUGAUGAGGGCUAAAAUCUUAAGAAAACAGGAGAUUGAAUCCGGCAUUCCCGCCUUGGAUCAUCAGAUAGACAAAUCCGAAGCGAGGCUGGUCGAAGUGAAGCAGGAAGAAAAUGCUCUUGUGGCCGAAAUUGCCAAGGGCAAAGAAGGUCGCCAGCAGCUGCUGCAUGAACUACAAGCUCUUAGCCAGGAAUUGCAAGGCGUCACGCUUGGUGACAUAGAGUUAGCUCUACGUCAAACGCAAAACGAAGAUAUCGCAGGUCCCAAUUCUCAUGCAACCACCCACGAACUGCCUCCUCGUCCCAAUACAGAACAAAUUGCAGAUGCACCAAAUCCUCAACCGCCCGUCCAGGAUGAAAUCGGACCUGCAAUAGACUCUGCGCUUCAUGCGAAAGCUCCAAUUCCCAACUCCGAACUCGAAAAAGACACCAUUAUGGAUGACGUCCACGAAGAACAGAUGGCUACUUCAUCGUCAGAUUCAAUGAGUUCUUCGAUGGACGAAUCCAGCGAUAGCGAUAGCGAAAGCGACGAUCCUGCUUCCGUCGAAUCCGAAGCUUCUGUCUCACAAAGCCCUGCGCCAGCUACUGUGGAGCCCGAAGUCCUGGACGAACAAACUGGAGAGAUCGAGCAGGAGAAACCGGUCGAUUUGGACUCGAACAACCCCUCGCUAGAGCUCUCACAAUUGACUAAUCCCGAGUCUCAGGUCAAUACCGCGUCUGAUGAGCACAUGGAUGAAUCAGCGCCUGAAUUACUAGAACGAGGGUCCCGUGAAUCGUCUGUUUCAGAUGCAUACGAGCCACCAGAGCCGGAGAUGACUGCAAGCCCAGCCGGUUCCACCUAUUCGCCCCCUUUUAGUCCUGCAUCUCCCGGUCCUGUUGAACCGACGGACGACUCCGAGUCUCCUUCAAAUGAGGCUAUCAAGGCCAGUGAGCCGCUAACUGAAACUGACCAGGGCCUGGGUGUUUAUCAACCACGGAAUCUUGCUCGAAUCAGCCCUUUGGAUAACGAGCGGCAUUCCGUCGAAAGCCGUACCACAUUCACCCAGUACGAAAGUCCGCUAAAGCAAUUCAAGGCUUACCGCUACCACCCAAGCUAUGUUGAUAAUGUUGCAAACGGCUAUCGUUCUCUGACAUAUAGUCAUAACAUUGACCCGAUGAAAUACCUCUGUCCUUUUGAGGUGGCUGGCGGGAUCUGCAAUGAUCGAUCCUGCGAAUUCCAACACUUCCGUGACAUGUCUCUUAGCGAUGACAAGAUCCUGGUCCAGAUGGGAUCCCUCCGCGAGGGCAAGACCCCAGAAGAAAAGGACGAAUACAUUGCCGGGUUGAAGCAAAUCAUCAACGACAUGCGGCGCGACAAGGUGAAAGAUUUUAGCACCGUGGCUGCGGAAAUAGCCGCAUACCGUAGACGCUUUCUUCAAGACCCUUCGCGGAUCUUGCCAUUGUAA